CCCCCGAUGGCUGUGGCAGUAACCUGAGCACCAUCAGAGGUGUAAAUGGUGUCCAUUCCCAUAAUGGUGCAUUCCCAUAAUGCUUUGCUUGGCUAGUAUUCUCAGAAUGGGGUCUAUUAGACCAUGUCUAGCAGGUUGGAGCAGUGAAACUAGUGUUGAGAAAUACUGUGUUGGCCUGAUCACUACAAUCGUACAUUGCUGUGACUUAAAUUAGAUAUACAAUUGACCUUAAAAGGGACUGUGUCUGCAAGGUCUUGCUUAACCAGAACAGAACUAAAAUGACAUCCAAACCUGCUAAAGCUGUGAAAAAUGAGAUAAAAGAAGAGGAGUUUGAUGAUUUCUUAUACUCCCAUAUAUUUGCCAGUCAAAGUGUGGAUGUGAAGCCUGAAUUGCAACAACACAUCAAAACAGAAGUGGAUGAGUUACCUACUACUUCUGGUCAAGAUUUUGUAAGCACCAAUGAUAUCAAGGAAGAACUAAAGGAAGAAGAUGAUGUUGGACAACACAGGAAUGGUGGAUCAAAUGCAAAAUGUGAUGUUGACAGGAUCCAGUCUAAUGGAAGACAACACACCGGUGAAAAUAGAUACACAGUACGAAGAGAUGAUCAACAAAUGCACAGCUUUCAGUGCCCCCAUUGUGAAAAGAGCUUUCCUAAGAUCACAGCUCUCAGGAAACACCAGAGGACACACUCAGUGGAAAAACCAUUUCAGUGUUCUGACUGUGGGAAGAAUUUUAGCCGAACGGAAGACCUCAAGAGACACCAGAUGAUCCACUCAGGGGAAAAACCAUUUCAGUGCUGUGACUGUGGAAAGAGAUAUAAUCAAAUGUUCAACCUCAAGAAACACCAGAUGAUCCACUCAGGAGAAAAACCAUUUCAGUGCUGUGACUGUGGGAAAAGUUUUAAUCGACUGGGCAACCUCAAGGCACACCAAAUGAUACACUCAAGUGAAAAACCCUUUCGGUGCUUUUACUGUGGAAAGAGAUUUAGCAGAAAGGAUUAUCUCGGGAAACAUGAGAAGCUUCAUUCAGGAGAAAAAACAUUUCAGUGUUCUGAUUGUGGAAAGAGUUUUAGCAGAAUGUCUCUUCUCAAGCAACACCAGAUGGUUCAUUCAGGAGAAAAAACAUUUCAUUGUUCUGAUUGUGGAAAGAGUUUUAGUCGCAUGGGCAACCUCAAGGUUCAUCAGAUGAUUCAUUCAGAUGAAAAACCAUUCCAGUGCUUUUACUGUGAAAAGAGAUUUAUCAGAAAGGAAAGUCUCAAGAAACACCAGGUCACCCAUUCACAUGAACCGGAAUUUGAGUGCUCUGACUGAGGAAAGAGUUUCAUUCGAAUGCAUGAUCUCAAAGAACACUUGGUGGUCCAUUCAGGGGGAAAGCCAUUUCAGUGCUCUGACUGUGGAAAAUGCUUUAGUCGACUGGGCUCUCUUACAUCACAUCAGAGGGUUCUUUCAGGUGAAAAUCCACUUUAUUAUUGUGAGUGUGUAAAAACCUUUCACCACAAGAUGAGCCUAAAUAAUCAUAAAGGAUGCAUUCAAGAGAAAAGCCCAUUUGAGUGCUCUCAAUGUGGAAAGUUUUAGUCACACAGCCCAUCUUAAGAAACACCAGAGGAUUCAAAAGCACGGUGAUGUAUUUAGUAAAAAUGACAAUGAAUGAAAUGGUUAACUGCAGAUGUUAUGAAAAUUACUACUACGGGAAUGUUAUUUCCGUGUUUCGUAAAUGUAAGACUGCUGCAAAAUACAGUGCUGUUCAAAAUAAUUUGCCUCCUUUCUGAUUUUUUACUUUUUUGCUCCUUUGUCACACUUAAAGUGAU